CAUUCGCAAUAAUGUUCCUCUUUUCCCAUUUCCUCUUCCAUAUAACGGAGCCUCCUGGCUUUACUUUUCAAACUUGUGUGUGUUUUCACUUUUCAUAUGUAAUAAAAUCUUCAUUACAAAAGCGAAAAGAAGCUGAAAAAUGUUGGAAGGCAUAGCUACGAUAAAAGAAACCGAUAUGCCGGAGAAGAUGCAAACCCAGGCCGUGGAUUACGCUUCUCAAGCGCUUGAUCUCUAUGAUGUUUCUGAUUGCAUCUCGAUUGCUACUCACAUCAAAAAGGAAUUUGACAAGAGAUAUGGAGGAGGAUGGCAAUGUGUGGUGGGUUCAAAGUUUGGGUGCUUCUUUACUCAUACGAGAGGGACUUUUGUUUAUUUUGCUUUGGGGACUCUCAAUUUCCUUAUAUUCAAGGGUUCAUCUUCUUAGAUUUUAAUCUUAUGAACACAAGUCGAGUCUGGGCGGAGGGCCAAAAGGGCGGAGCACAGCAGAGAUGUAAAGAGUAAUAUAAGCUUGCUGCUGCUGCUGCUGCUGUCAAGGGUUGUGUUCAAAUUGAUAAACUCAGUAGUUCAAAUGUCUCUUUAUGCUUGUUUGCAGUGUUCUUGAAACCAAUAAUAUGGUUGAGUUAGACUAAUGUGAAUUAUUCUUUUUUAUUAUGAAUUUGGUUGCUUCUUGGGUUGGUUGUCAUUUUCAGCAA